GCCUGGUAGUUCGGGCUGGCGUCACGCGGGUGCUGCCCCUUAACUUGUGUUGCAGGAAUUCUGCGGGACCUGGCUGGGCGCAUGAAGCAAGCGCAGACGCGGGGAGGACACGGGCCCUGGCCUCCAGGACCUCGCGGGGUCUAGGGGGAGACGGACGGGCGGGGUCCGUGUCACCCUGUCGAGUGGGAGUCAGGACCUCAACUGCCCGGUCCUGGAGGGUCUUUAUAUCACAGAACCCAAGACCAUUCAGGAACUGCUGUGUAGUCCCUCGAAGUACCGCUUGGAAAUCCUGGAGUGGAUGUGUAUUCGGGUCUGCCCCUCCUGGCAGGACAAGUUCAGCUCACUAAAGGGGGCCCCAGUCGAGGUGAAGAUCCAAGAGAUGGUGAGACUAGGCCAGGAGCUGAUGCUGUGUGGGCUGGAUGACCAGGAGCUCCUAAAGGGCCGGGCCUGCGCCCAGAAGCAGUUGCGCUUCAUGAACCAGCUGCUGGAUGGGGUCCAGAGCCUGACUGCCGGAUGCUGCAGCCGCUCCAGCAGUGUGAAGGAGCACUUAGAGGACACCAGAGAGAAGAACGAGGUGCUUCUGGGGGAGCUCUUCUCCAGCCCCCACCUGCAGACGCUCCUGAGCCCCGAGUGUGAGCCAUGGUCCCUGGACAUUCAGCCCUUCCUUAGGCAGCAGAGCGGUGCCUGGCAGAGGGCCAGCCCCUGCGUUGAGUUGGAGGACGUGAACGUGGUGGAGCUGGGCAGGCAGCUGCAGGAGAGCGCCGCCAAACUGCAGGCGCUCAGGGUGGAGCACAAGCAAGGGGGCGCUGUGAGCGGGGCCGACACCAGCACCCUGGACCAGAAGCUGCGCCUGGUCAUCUCUGACUUCCACCAGCUCGUUGUGGCUUUCCUCCAAGUCUACGACGACGAGCUGGGAGAGUGCUGCCGGCGCCCGGGCCCCUACCUCCACCCGUGUGGCCCCAUCGUCCAGGCCGUGCACCAGACCCUGACUUCGUGCAACCAACUGCUGAGAGCGGUCACGCAGGUCACCGACACCUCGGCAGAAGCCGUGCAGAUGGCGAAGCAGCAGCAGGACGAGCGCAUCUGUUGGGGCGGCAGCAAUUCUCUCACGAGUCUAGCCACCAAAAUGGAAGAACUAACUGAGAAAUACAAGGUCUUCAAUGACAGUCUGAAAGACAUGGAGUAGUCUGGGGACUGGAAGCUCUGCCCUGAGGAGCCAGGGCCGGGCCGCAGGGGCAGGGGGCGGAGGG